AUUGUGGUCCUCUGUCUGCAACAUUUUUAUAAUUAAUACUUCUGGAACCAACGAAACGACAGCAAUGGCAGCAGAGCUACCAGCUGCAGCUUACAACUCAGCUACUCCGUCUACCUUUGUUAGAUAAGGAGCUCAAGUUGAAGAAGAUUUCACAGUAUAGAGGAAAAGGAAUAGAAAACUCGAAGCAAAGUAUUUUAAGCUAUCAGUGAUCAGUUUCACAGUAGGAAAUUCACCCCAAGAUUUUUCCUUCAAAUUGAAAAUUAAUCUUGGAGCUGGUAUCGUUACUGUUAUCAUUGUGAGAUCUUCUACAGAUUGAGAUUUUGGACUCUAGGAUAUGGUGACAAUGAUUGGACAAUAAUUUAAGUUCCAUUGACGGAUUUAGGCUUAUUAUCAUAAAUCUCAUUUGGAAUUCCUUCCCUGCAACUACUGCAAACAAAGACACUGCAGCAGAUUUUCCAUUUCCACAAUGGAUGGGAAUUAAUCACAUCUCUUGGGGAGAGGCUUCUUCAGUUUACAGCUAAAAUGAUUGACCAGUUUAUUAAUUUUGUCAUUCGGCCGCCAAGGGCAGAAUAUAACCCAGAUCUGUGUCUGUGGGAAAAGAAUUUUACUCUUGCAGGAAGAAAGUACAAAAGAGAAGAUCUGGAGCUAAUAAAUGAAAGGGGCCAUACCUUGAGGUGUAGUCAUUAUGUUCCUUCUCAAUUUCCAGACGACAGUGCUCUUCCUUGUGUUGUAUACUGCCAUGGGAACAGUGGAUGUCGGGCAGAUGCAAAUGAGGCUGCUGUAGUUCUUCUCCCUUCAAAUAUUACAGUAUUCACUCUUGAUUUUUCAGGUUCAGGCUUGUCUGAUGGUGAUUAUGUCAGCCUUGGUUGGCACGAGAAAAAUGAUCUCAAGGUUGUGGUCUCAUAUUUGAGAAGCAACGAAAAAAUUUCGCGUAUAGGUCUUUGGGGAAGGUCAAUGGGUGCUGUAACCAGCCUUCUUUAUGGAGCUGAAGACCCUUCCAUAGCUGGAAUGGUUUUGGACAGUGCCUUCUCAAAUUUGUUUGAUCUCAUGAUGGAACUUGCAGAUGUAUACAAGAUCCGGCUUCCAAAGUUUACAGUUAAGGUGGCUGUUCAAUACAUGCGACGAGCAAUCCGAAAGAAGGCAAAAUUUGAUAUCAAUCACCUCGACUGCUUACAGGUUGCGCCAAAGACAUUUAUUCCAGCUCUAUUUGGACAUGCAAAAGACGACAAGUUUAUUAAUCUUCGCCACUCGGAAACCAUCUUUAAGUCAUAUGUGGGUGAUAAAAGUAUUAUCAAGUUUGAUGGUGAUCACAAUACUUCUCGACCUCAGUUUUAUUAUGAUUCUGUAUCAAUUUUCCUCUAUAAUGUUCUUCACCCUCCUCGACCUCUAUCUGCAUAUCCUACUAUGGUUGAGAAAUAUUUUGAUUUGGAAGACCUGAAGGUCAGUGCUGGCAGGAGUGAGAAUCUUAUAUACGAGAUCAUAGCAGGUCUUCGGAAUGUGAGUACCGAUGCAGCAAGCUCAUCUUCUAUACCACCAAGCAUUGCAACAAUGAAGUCUGUGGGGGAACUCCUUUCUGACAUUGCUCCAGUUGCUACUGAUUCUUUGGUUAACGAAGACAACACACACAGUGGCAAUAGCCCUUCACUUGUACAGGACAAGCUAAGUACCCAGAAUGAAGAGUGUUGCUCGUAUACAAGUUCAAAUAGAGAGAGUUGGGGAAGAUGCUCAUCUUUGGGAAGCAAUGAUGAACCUUCCAUGGAUUGCACUAGAGCUACUGACUACGAUCAGACGACUAUAAAGGUGCUUGCAACACCUCUUCGAAAUACUCAACAAAGCACAUUAAGCUCUCCUAAGGACGAAAAGAAGAAGAAAGCAUCCACAGACCCAAAGAAGUCCAAGCGUGAGAAGUUUGAAAAGCUGGAGGCUCUAAGCCAACGUUUGCGGCUUUGCAUUCUGAAAAGAGUUAAUCAUAGGAGACAUUGCUCCUCAUGACCACCUUUGUAAUGUAGACUAGGAAAUUGCUUUGCCAAAAUUGUGUUGAUGUCCAUUUCCUUAAAUCUUUCAAGUUAGUGUUUUUGUAUUUCCAAUGUAUCAAUGCCUCUCUCUUACUUUCGCUUUAUAUUGUAGGCAGACCUGAUUUUUGUGUAAUGUCAUUGCUGUAUUAGCUGCU